CUUUCUCAGUUACAUGAAAUUAAUUUCUCUUUCCGUCGUUUGCACCAAAUUCUCCAAAAUUUCUCUUCCCUUAAUCAUUGUGCUGUUCUUCAGCAGUUUCAGUUGCCAAAAUCCCUCUUCCCUUCACCAUUGCUACUGUUGUUCACCAGUUUCAAUUGCUAUCAUCGCCUUCAUCGUUGCUGGCUUCUCCGACUAAUCUGCCUUCACCGUUGCUGGCUUCUCCGACUAAUCUGCCUUCACCGUUGCUGGCUUCCUGGACUACUCUGCCUUCACCGUUGUUGGCUUCCCCAAUUACUCUGCCUUCAUCGACUAUCAAUUGAUGUUGCCUUCCCCGACUAAUCUGCCUUCACCAUUACUGUUGAUGGCUCAAAGAUCAGCCUGUUGCUGUGAAGAUCAUAUCCAAAGCCAAGAAACACUUCUUAUGGAAGGAGGCAAUAGAGCACUUAUGAAAAUAGCUUGGAGGAAGCACUUUCGUUGCCUUAUGUGUAGCAUAAGGAAUGGGAAGGAGAAGAGGCUAUCACUGACAGAAGAAGUAAUGGAUGUAUGGCGUUCCGCUUGGGGAGCAACUGAGUAUCAAAACAAAUGCAAAAAAUUUUCAAAUAAUAGAAAGAGUGAAACAGGCGGGCAAAGCAUUGGCCCAUCAAGACAUUGUGGAGAAUCCAUAUAUCAGUAUAGGCAUCAACAACAGAUACGUGAAAGACUAGGUAGAGAUCCUCUACCUCAUGAGUUAUUUGAGGCUACUCAUAAAAAAGAAGGGUAAUUCAGAGCUUGUUGAUGCACGCUCAAAAACCAUUCAUGUGAGAAAUUAAAUAAAUUUAUAGUAAAUUAUUAGAUUUAUAGUUUAUACUGUUAUAUUACAUGGUAUUUUUUUUAAGGACCGCUUUUUGACUUUGAAAAAGCAAGCAUCACAGACAGAUAAUGACAGUACUGAGGCAUCUAGCAUUGAUGAGGGUCAGUUAUACUUUGAGACAGUAGGUGGAGAGAAAAAAAGAAGGGUGUACGGUCUUGGAUCACAUGCUUUAGUUUUCUUUCCAAACAAGUCUUCUGCUAGUAUAUCCUUCACAUCAGCUUAGCAAAAUCAGGAUCUUCAAGAUGAAAUGGCUGAUCUCAGACACAAGCUAUAGGAGCGUGAGGAUAAUGAACAAGUAUUGCAUGAGCAAAACGUGCGGAUUACCUCUGAGCUCUCACAGAUGAAGGAUUUACUUAUGCAGUUUGUGAGUCAAAGGCAAAGCAGCCAGCCUUCAGCCCCUAGAGAUGGAACUUCUGCACAACCUCCUGAUCAACCAGAUGAAGCUAAUGAUGAGGACGAGGACAAGGACGAGAACACUACACAGUUAUAGUUUCUUUUUUCAUUACCCAUAUGUACUAGGAUAAUAAAUAAUUUGUUAAUUUUUUUAGUUUAAAAUUGCACAACUUG